ACUUUUAAGAAAAGUAUAGAUAUGAUUGUUUUAUUAUACAUCUAAUUAACUUUUAAUAUUUGUUUCAUCGUUUUUACAAAACUAUAAUAAGAUUUUUUUAUUUUAUUUUUUUUGUCAACAACUAAUAUAUUAACUUGUUUUUUUUUCCUUCACAAUUUAAUAUUGAGAGGUUGCCUUAAAUGUAUCACCAGUUCAAAAUCCGGUUCGAUCCAUCUGUUAACGUAUUUCUUAAGUGAAAACCGUAAAUUGGACAGUAGAUGCGUGUAGUAGAGCAAAUGGCGCGUGUGAAAGUGGCAUGGGAUGUAAAUUCCGUGUUGACGAGGUUUAUGUCGGGAUAUUGGGUUGUCUUCACGUGCAUCUCCACCGUCCGAUAAAGUUUGAUUCUCACUGUCUUUUUUUGUCAUUUAUUAUUUUAUUUAUUUAUUACUAGCCUCAUUUGUUUACGCGAAGGACUCCGUAAAUUGAGGUAAUUUCAUUUUGGUCCCUCAUCUCAUUAUCUUGCUCCCCCAAAAACCCCACCUCCCACAAUUUUUUUCAAUACCAGAAACGUUACAAUCAGAUUAGUUUCCAGAUUAAAAAAUACCGGAAAGUUGGAAUUAAAAAUAAAAAAGAAUAAGAAAUAGGCACACCAAUUAUACACAUGGAUGAUGGGUCAUGUAUAUAGAAUUAAUAAAAAUAUAAAAUACAGGUUAGUUGCAGAUAUGGAUAUCAGGAUCACAUCUUAAUUAAAAAAUAUAUUAGCCUUAUAAUAUUCGAGUGGGAAUAAUAAUAAUUCAUUUAAAUCUUUUAACCAAAAAUAAUAAUAAUUCAUUUCACUAGGAGACACGUGUGAAACAAGAUUAGCUGCGGCGGCCGCUUUUCCUUGGUGGAACCCACACGCUCAUAUUAAGGUCAUCCAGAAUCUCAAUCCCAACCAACCAGAUUUUUUCCCUCUCUUUUCUUCUCACCCGAUUCGAAGUCGGCCACAUAUUUUAUCUUUAUUGCUUAUUUAUCCCAUUUCUUUCGAUCUUAGACAUCUAGAACCCCGUCAUUUAUUAAUCUCAAGUUCUCAACAAAAGUAUCUCAAUCAUCCAUUUAUGCAUUAAAAGCUCACAGAAAAUUAACUACAUUUCCAUUACGCACCGCUUCAAAAUUAGUUUCAAAAGUAACAUCAUUCACCGGCAUUUCAUUAAUUGGAGAAGAAGAUUUUGUUUUCUUAAGAGUAAAUUUAAUACUCGAGUAUAACACAAACAAAUUCAAUAAGAUGUUCUUUUCAUUAGAUCAAGUUUUAAAUCUAAUUUUCUUUUAACUAUAAAUAAUUAGUACUAGUAACAUUUAUCAAAGCAAAAAAAAAAAAAAAAAGCAUUUAUCAAAGGAUCCUAUCCAUACCAGAGCUUCAUAAAGUUUUGCACCAUAAAAAUUUAAUUCCUGAAAAAGGUUGGGGUUCGCAUGAAAAAGAAUGGGAAUAAUAGGGGAGUAUAUUUUGUAAUAAAGUUUCAACCAAUGUGAAGCAGCCACGCAGGUGGCUUCACCUGGACACAUGUUACCAAAUAUGGGGACAGGUGGCGCUGUGAAAUGUCGUAACGUGACAGACAGUCACUAUAGAGAAAUAGUUGCGUCGGCUGUGUGACGCUGAUAUCAUUCCCACGUGUGGGCGCGCGUGAAAUGGGUCCCUAUUGGGCGUGUGCUUUGUGGCGUGGCGCGUGAGACACGUGUUAGACUUCUGCUUAUUACAAAACACCUUAUUGGAACUCUGCAACCAAACAAGGACCACUUAUUUCCAUUUUACGUAGUAUUUAUUAGAUUACAUACACAUUCGUGUCUCUUUUUUUUCGUUUAGGGACAAAAAAAAUCUCCAUAUCAUCGUCUGAAUAAUCUCGAAAGUCACUAUCUAGUUAUUUUUGAUUAAACGUAUUUCUCAUCCUGAUUUGUUACUCACUCGUUAUACAAAAAAGGUUAUUUGAUAAUCCUAUCCUAGUAUUAUUUUUAAUGGAAAAUGUCAUUAUGGGGUAUGGGCGGUAGCCGUUACCGUUAAACUGCCGUUAGCUACGGCAUAUGAGAGUUGGGUGAUGUGUCAGGUCAGUUGAAGUGUCGUCGUCUUUUCCAUGAAACUUCGAGAAGACCUUAUUGGGUUUCACGUGUCUUUUGACGCCGUCAACUCCUUUUUUUUCCUUUUUUUCCUUUUUUUCGCUAUAACUAAAAUCAUGUAAUUAGCCUUUUGAACUUGUUAUCGCCGUCCUUCACGCUCCUUGCAUUUCACACUCGAUUUUGUUUCUUUUUUGUUGGGCAGAACUCGAUUUUAUUUCUUUAUACAGUAUAUUACGAACAAAAGGUAACAGCCUGAUUUACUAUUUGAUUGCCGACAUAAAGAAACUUGAAAAAAAAAAAACAUAUUCCGACUGUGAGGACUCGAGGCUUUAAUAAUAAUCGAUUGAUUAUGCAAAUGCUGUUAGCUUUUUUUUUUUAAUCCGAUUACAAAAUAGUCAAAGAUAGUAACAUCCUUUUAUCAAAAAAAGAAGAGAUAGUAACAUUAUUAUAUUGUGUCGUUAAUUUUCAUAAUUCCUUCAUUUUUAGUGUUAUUUUUCUUCCGCUAAAAUUUCUUCCAACUGGAAAAAUUAUAUCAAUUGUUAGGUAAUUUUGUCUAAAUUAAUGGGCUCAAAUAAAGGCCUGAUCAAAAUUACACUAAAGAGACCCAGAGAAUAUGCUGGGCAGUUAUGGACACUAACAUUCUAAUUAAUUUGAAUGGCGUGUUAGUACAUUAACUUUAAAAUUCGCGAUUUGCUUGCUUAGCAAAUAGCAAGAGCAUGGAUUCGUAAUUAUACAUACUAUUAAUAAUCAAAACUGGCGUACCAACCAGGCAUGUGACGCAUUCCAUUAAUCCAUUAAUGAGUAAAUCAUACUGUGAUCUUCUAUGUAUAAAGACAACAAAACAUAUUGCCAACAAAAAAAAUCGUAACAUAACAGAAUAAAUUGGAAUAAGAGAAAUAAACUACUUAAUAAACAAAAUUCAAAUCUCCUGCGAGAGAAUACAUAAUGCAAAGCAGAGAGAAACAACCGGUCUCCGCCGCGUCAUUAUAUCCCACCGUAGUUUCACGGGCGAAGAUUCUCUUGUCCCUCCUCAAAAUCAACCCUUUUGGUAAGCUAACAACGAAUGACUUGACCAAAGACAAAACGCAUCCGUUUAGCGUUUUCCGCGGCAGAACCGAACUCUACUCGUUCCCGGAAUCACAAUCAGAGGCAGCGGCAAGAGUUCAAGAAAACGUUAGGCAGUUCAACGGAAACUACAUUUUUGUUUUUGUCAUCUUCUUCUUACUCUCUCUGUAUAAGCAGCCAAUACCAUUUUUGACGCUGUUAGCGAGUUUUCCGGUUACGGAUUAUCUUGACAAAUUGAUUAUUAAAACAGGACUUGAUCAAGCUUACCCCUUCGUUCGUCGUUUGCUCUUCUUCAUCUCUAAACUAGGAAUAGCUGCUCUUCUCAUGCGUACGGAAGUUGUCAUUGCUUUUUUCUUUUCUCUUCUUGCUGCUUACUUCGCUAUGAUGUUGCACGGAGCGUUAAGGAUAUUGCAUGAAUGAGAGGUCGAAUCUUCUAAAAGACUUUUGGAUUUAUGUCUUCGGACAUACUUACCAAAUAUUAAAAGUGUUAUAUUGUAGUAUGAUAAUUAUAGAUGUAUAGCUAUCUAUUGAACAAACUCAUGUAUAUAUAUAUGGCUUUUGUUUAGAAAGGAUGAUAACUAAAUCACGAAACAAGAAAGCUAUUCAUAAAAAUAAAAAAAUCAAAUAUAAUGUCUUGGAGAUUUUACAUUUUUGUAACAAUACAAAAAAAAGAAAGCCAAACCCUUGGUUAUACACAACUAUGAAUAGAAAUUCCUCUUGAAAACUUGGAGCAGGAAAAUUGCGAAAAAAAACAUUUCAAGAAAAAUGAAGGAAAGAAAGAAAAAAAAAA